AUGCUGCUGACGACGGCGCUCCUCUUCGCAAGUCAGCUCUUGGCGCCGGUAUCGGCCAAGCUGGCCAUUCGUGGUGCUGAUAUCUCGUCGUUGAUGGUGGAGGAAAACGCCGGGUACCAGUACAAGAAUCUCGCCGGGUCGACGCAGAAGUUGGAGGCGAUCGUGGCUGGAGCGGGCAUCAACUCGGUCCGCCAACGGGUGUGGGUGAAUCCCAGCGGAGGUACCUACGGUCUGGAUUACAAUGUCAAACUGGCGAAGAGAGUGCAGGCUCAGGGGAUGAAGACGUACUUGGAUCUGCAUUUGAGUGAUACGUGGGCCGAUCCCAGUCAUCAGAGCACUCCCUCCGGCUGGUCCACGAGCAGCAUCGACACCCUGUCAUGGCAAGUGUACAACUACACAAAAGAAGUCUGUGACACCUUUGCAGCAAACGGCUUGACCGUCGACAUCAUCUCCAUCGGCAAUGAGAUCCGCAGUGGUCUGCUCUGGCCUCUCGGCAAGACCAACAGCUACUACAACAUCGGCCGGAUCCUGCACUCGGGCGCGUGGGGUGUCAAGGACUCGGAUCUGGCCACGAAACCCAAAAUCAUGAUCCAUCUCGAUGACGGGUGGUCCUGGUCCGAGCAGCAAUACUUUUACAACUCCGUCCUGAAGAGCGGGUCGGACUUUAGCCUCUCUGAUUUCGACUAUAUCGGCGUUUCUUACUAUCCCUUCUACAACAAGGCGGCCACCUUGUCUGCGCUGAAGACCAGUCUGACCAAUCUCCACUCGACCUACGGCAAGCAAGUCCUGGUGGUCGAGACCAACUGGCCAUAUUCGUGCCCCAGCCCGGCGUACGCAUUCCCAUCAGACCUCUCGUCGAUUCCCUUCUCGGUCGCGGGCAGCAGACCUUCUUGA